AAAUACUCGCCCCAAAAGAAUUAUGAGGAUGUUACAUUUGAAAAUAUCACUGUUAUCUGUUUUCAUCUGCGUAGUUUACGCUAAAGUACGGGAUUCUAAUGAAGAAAGUCUGAAUAUAAUAAGCGCGCCAAAUUCCUCCAAGUCAUUGAAGGCUAGAAACUAUAAGCCGAUAUGGAACGAUCUGGAUACCCGCCCGCUUCCUCAGUGGUACGAUGCCGCAAAAAUUGGCAUUUUAGUGCACUGGGGUGUAUAUUCUGUGCCUGGUUUAAAAUCAGAAUGGUUUUGGCAUUAUUGGCAAAAUGGUGAUAAAGAAAUACAAGAAUUUAUGAAAAAUAAUUACGUCAAUGGGUUUACUUAUCAAGAAUUUGCACCUGGGCUUACGUCUGAGUUAUUUGACCCAGACGAAUGGGCUGCGAAUUUCGCUAAAGCUGGAGCAAAGUAUGUAAUUCUCACUUCUAAACAUCACGAUGGCUUUAGUUUGUUUCCGUCCAAGCGUUCAUUCAGUUGGAAUGCGGUGGAUAUAGGUCCUAAGUUGGAUAUUGUCAAAAGCCUAGGCAAGUCCGUGAAGAGAGCCGGCAUGAAGUAUGGCGUUUACUACUCCUUGUAUGAGUGGUAUAAUCCAAUAUACAUAGAUGACAAGAUGACACAUUUCGAAACAAGCGCAUACACAGACAAUAAGAUGUGGCCAGAUAUCAAACAGAUAAUCGAAGACUACAAACCCUCCAUACUUUGGUCUGAUGGAGAUUGGGAAGCAAGUGAUGCUUACUGGAAAUCUCCAGAACUCUUAGCUUGGCUGUACAAUGAGAGUCCUGUUAAGGAUGACAUAGUGGUAAAUGAUAGAUGGGGCAAUAACACAAAUUGUCUACACGGAGACGUUUAUAACUGCAGUAAUUCGAACCCUAAGAAGCUGCUUGAGCACAAAUGGGAGAAUGCUUUCUCUUUGGAUAAGAAGUCUUGGGGCUAUAGACGGAAUAUGAAGCUAUGUGAUGUUAUGAGUAUCAACGAAAUAUUGGAAAAUGUCGUAACGACAGUGAGUCGCGGUGGGAACGUGCUAAUCAACGUCGGACCUAUGAAAGAUGGAAUUCUAGAACCUAUAUUCCAAGAACGACUUUAUCAGUUGGGCGAGUGGGUGGAAAUUAACGGCGAAGCAAUAUACAAUACUUCACCAUGGUUUAUUCAAAACGAUCAUUAUAAUAGAGAUGUUUGGUACACUUGUACCAAAGAGGAAUACAACUAUAUCAAUCCCGUGGAUAUACCACGAGAAUCAGAUGUUGUUACAGCAGUAUAUGUAAUUUUUUUGAAUUGGCCUGCAAACAACAAUUUGAAGGUCAGCAAUUUGGUGUACCAUUUGCAGAAGGGCUUUUAUGAAAUCACCUUUCUUAAUACUGUAGACUUCAAGAAUCUACGUGUAAGCAUCUUUACAACCUUCUAG